AUGACGAGUAGUGAACAUUGUGUUUAUUGCGACGAUCGGAAAGAUUAUGAGUUAUGGGUACAGUGUGAUGAAUGUCCACAGUGGGUUCAUGUAAAAUGUGUGCCAAUUGAGUACAUCAGUAGUGGUUCGUACCCUACGAAAUCAUCGCAGAUUUUACAGUUUAUAUGUUACAAGCAUGGCAAAGCAGAGGCUAAGCUAGCGGUAAAGGGGAGACCAAAGAAGGCGGUGGCAGCGAGGGGGAAGGCCAAAGGGAUGGGGCAGGAACGGAAGCUGCAGCGGUAUAGGUUGAGGGCUCGAGAGCAGCUUGAUUACAUUGCGUUGAAUGAAGGUCAAGACAAGAGGUUGAAGCAUCAGCACCCACAUAUUGAGCCAUUUUUAGAUUGUUUCCAAAAAUGGGAGUGUACCGAUGGGAUUAUUACGAGUCAGCAGCUUCACAGAGAAUUCAAUCGUAUCAGUUCGCCGAAGAGAGUGGUUGACCCGCAGAAUUCUGGCAUAAGGGUACCUGAUAUUGAUGUAGCGCAGCUGACGAAGAUCCUUGGGGAGGAUCAUACACUAGAUGUGAUGGAUGUUCAGAGUCAGCAGAACGAACGUUGGACGAUGAAACAAUGGAACGAUUAUUACACACAUACGAAUCCAGACGAUCGAGAUAGAAUUCGUAAUGUGAUAUCGUUAGAGAUCAGUCAUGUACCAAAUUUUUUAACAGAUCUCAAGAGGCCGCAAGCUGUUGAAGAUAACGAUCUUGUGGAUUUGGUCUGGCCGGAUCCGACGCCACAGGAUGUUGGCGAGAAGCCCAAAGUUAAGAAAUACAUCCUCAUGUCAGUAGGAAAUGCAUAUACAGACUUUCAUUUGGAUUUUGCAGGAACAAGUGUUUAUUACAGCAUAGUAAAGGGAGCUAAAAAAUUCCUGCUGUUCCCUCCUACAGAGUAUAAUUUAAAGAGAUAUAAGGAGUGGUGUGACGAUGACAACCAACCUUUCAUAUUUCUUGGAAACAACUUAGAGCAAGGCUUGGCCUUCAACUUAAAAGCUGGAGAUCUAUUUCUAAUUCCCUGUGGAUUUAUACAUGCUGUAUAUACUCCAGAAGAUUCUUUUAUUGUGGGUGGCAAUUUCCUUUCGUUGCGUGAUUUAUCAACUCAUCUUCAAAUUGUCAAAAUAGAACAAGAGACUAAGGUAUCAAAAAGGUUUACAUUCCCCAAAUUCGAUAUUGUAAUGGGUUUGACAUGUGAGUGGAUUUUAGCCGAUCCAGGCAUAAGAAUUAAACGUACUGGCCUUCAACAUAUUACAUGUUUGUUGGAUUAUUUGAAAGAUUCCAAGAUAAAAUACAAACCCAUGAAGUACCAUUCAAAGUCAAUCAUGUUAAGCAACCUAGAAAAGCUUACCAGAUUAACUUCUAACGAUGAAUCAACGUCCUACCGCCGUUGCUAA